UGUCAGCUGGUCAGACAAAACUGUUUAAUUUACUCAGCCACAGGAGUUGAGCUUUACAUUAGGAGAGUCCAAAAGUGUCCUCUUUGCUUAGACUCCUGAACUGGAAGCUGGUCUUGAGCUUCUUCACAGAUGCAAGACACCAUGGGAUGCAACAACGAUCUGGUCAUCAUAAAGCAUUUGUGAAGCUUUGAAACUAACACAGUGGCGUGAGGAAUUUAAGCACUUGGAAACAUGGCUGGGAAACCAAAGCUUCACUACUACAAUGGAAGAGCCCGAAUGGAAACCAUAAGGUGGCUUUUAGCUGCAGCUGGGGUUGAGUUUGAAGAACAACUCAUUCAAUCAAAGGAAGACCUAGAAAAGUUAAAGAAGGAUGGAUGCCUGCUCUUUCAGCAAGUGCCCAUGGUGGAGAUUGAUGGGAUGAAGAUGGUGCAGAGCCGAGCUAUUCUCAACUACAUCGCAGCAAAACAUAAUCUCUGUGGGAAGGACCCCAAGCAGAGAGCAUUCAUCGAUAUGUACUGCGAAGGUGCAAUGGAUCUGAAUGAAAUGAUCAUGAUGCUGCCCUUGAAGCCAGCUGACACAAAGGAGAAGGAGUUGGCAACAAUCCUGGAAAAAGCCACAACCAGAUAUUUCCCUGUCUUUGAAAAGAUCCUCAAAGAUCAUGGACAAGACUUUUUGGUUGGAAACCAGCUCAGCAGAGCAGAUGUUCAAUGGCUUGAAACCAUUCUAAUGAUGGAAGAGCUGAAGGCUGAUAUUCUCUCUCAAUUCCCUCUUUUAAAGGCAUUUAAAACCAGAAUAAGCAACAUCCCUACAAUUCAAAAAUUUCUGCAGCCUGGCAGUCAGAGAAAACUACCCGAUGAGCAAACUGUAGAAGAAGCAAUCAAGAUUUUCUAUUGAAUUGUGGCUGAGGAUCAUGGCUAAUGCAUUAUUGUAGCUAGAAGCAAAGGGGGCUUUUAUUUUAAAUUCUUGUAAGGGGCCACAAUAACCAUGCAGGCACAAGUUCCAAAGUAAAUCCACGUAACCACAAUGGGAAGCCAAAUGACGAGGUUUCUGACAAGGAAAUUGUGACAAUAUUGUGUGCCACCAGACUUAAAUGAAAUAAAACUUUCUACAGUG